CCUGCGGCGGCCUAGCGCGGCCCGGCGGCGGCGCCAUUGGCAUGCAGCGGGACCUGGGCAGCCUCCCGCUGGCCCCCGCGCUGCGGGCCAGGCUCGUCGCCGCCGGCUUCCAGACGGUGCAGGAGCUGCUGGAGACCGGCCCCUGCGGGCUGAGUAAAGAGAUUGGAAUCUCCAAAGAAGAGGCACUGGAAGCGUUGCAGGUUGUGAGGCAGGAAUGCCACGGUGAUGCAGCAAGGACUGCCGGGGGAUCGGGUGCCACCAGAAAGUGCACAGCACUGGAACUUCUGGAAGAAGAGCAAGCCCAGGGCUUCAUCAUCACCUUUUGUUCAGCACUAGACAAUAUUCUGGGAGGUGGUGUGCAACUAACAAAAAUUACUGAGAUCUGUGGAGCACCUGGUGUUGGGAAAACACAGCUAUGUAUGCAGUUGGCAGUAGACGUACAGAUCCCAGAAUGCUUCGGGGGUGUAGCUGGAGAAGCAGUGUUCAUUGAUACUGAAGGAAGUUUUAUGGUGGACAGAGUAGUGGAUAUUGCAACUGCCUGUGUGCAGCAUUGCCAGCUAAUUGCUGAAGCUCAUCAAGAAGAAGAUAAUCUAAAAGCUUUGGAGACCUUCUCUCUUGAAAGUAUCCUUUCUCACAUAUAUUACUUCCGUUGCCGUGACUACACAGAGCUUCUUGCACAGGUCUACCUCCUCCCAGACUUUCUUUCAGAGCAUUCAAAGGUCCGACUGGUGGUAGUUGAUGGAAUUGCAUUUCCUUUUCGCCAUGACUUUGAGGACCUGUCACUUCGAACAAGGCUUUUGAACGGUCUGGCGCAACAGCUGAUCAUCGUAGCAAAUGAUCAUAAAUCAGCGGUAGUUCUGACAAACCAAAUGACAACAAGGAUUGGACAAAGACAGUCCACAUUGGUACCUGCUUUAGGAGAAAGCUGGGGACAUGCUGCUACUGUCCGUUUAAUCUUUCACUGGGACAACAGUCAGAGGCUACUGAGGCUCAAGAAGAGCUUUCUAGCUCAGCCUAAGACAGCGUGGGCCGCCCUGUCGUGCUUCUCCUUUUCACCAUGGUCAGCUUGCUGCAGUUCUGUACUUUCUUUCUGACAAGAUGCCCUGUCUCAUCAAAAUAUAAUAUCCUAAUGGCAGUUGCUCAGACACAAGAAUUUAGGAUCUGGUGGCAAAGCAGAAACUUUUUUUUUUACUACCUGCAUUUUGUAAGCAGGGAGUAGAAUUUCCUUGUUUCAGUCUUUUAGACCCCAGUCAGUACAAAGCCAAAGAUGCCAAAGAAGGCUUUCCACCUAGAUAGUGAUUCUGAGGAAGACAGAUUGACCCCUGAGCCUCGGUGGCAUCCAUUGGACCUUUCUCCUUUUGAAUGCAGCAGGAUGGUUCUGCAAAACUGGACAGCUAUGCAGAUAGCAAGUUACAACAACUUGCAGAGUGGUAGAAAGAGAGCUGCAUUUACUGCCAAUGCAGAGCUGACUGAUGGAAGAUGAUUUUAGAAGCCCAAAGGAAUGAAGAUGACCCUUCUAAAAACAGUAUCAAGUUAUGUCUGUUGCAAUGAGAUCUUUUCUGUUUCCUUGUUCUUUUUUCCCCUCUUCACUAUAUUGCAAGCUCACUUCUCUUUCCUGGUCAGUUAAAUUUGUCUUGCAUAUAGUAUCACGAUGCAGCAACUUGAGAGUAAGAAGCCUUUCUUCAAUUCCCUAAUCUUCCGCAAAGAGCAAAUAAAAAUGCUACUGGAAUGUUGUUGUGCAUAGUUUUGCUUGUUAAACUUGAAAGAGAAAUGCAGUGACACUUUCUUGCGGAGUUUUGUUUUUUAAAUUCUAAGAUUGAAGGCAAUGCAGAAUGAUUACAGCAGGCUGUUUAAUUUGGAAUUAAAUUAACAUCACUGAUUAGUUAACAGUCUUUAUAAGAGAGAAGUUGCAUCAACAUAAUGAUUGCAGAGUGAACAAAAGUUAAUUUUAUAUAUCAAAAGUAAAGAGCUUUUUUCUUCUGCAACACAGCUAGGAAGGUUGUAGAUGCAGGUUCCAGAAAGCAAGCCAAAGACAGGCAAACAUGUUUUAUUUGCUGUUCUAAAUAUGCAGCUAGUAUGGAGCAAGGCCUGCAGAAGCAUAACAAUUCUGAUUGCAACUGCCUAUCUAUAAAAAGCAGAAAUCACUAGAUUCUCUUGCAUUAUUUUUUUUACAUGAACUGCCUACAUACCUACACCUGAUGAUCCAUCAUGGGUUUGUUGUUCUUGUUUUUAUAUUAGGUUAUUAAGACACAAAGAUGACCAUUUGAGAAUCCAGUUGCCUUUUUUUUUAAAAAAAAAAAAAAUAGUUGUGCUUUGGCCAGAUAUGAUACCUGUCUCUUUCCUUCUAUCUACUACUGAAAAUAUCAGAGCUUAAUUAUAAGGGUUCUCAUUGCUGUGAGGAAAGAUCCUGUUGAGUCAGGGGCACGCAGCAGAGCUCCAGCUGAGCGCUUGUAAAGGCAUAGCUUCUGCAGCUUCAGAUUUAGGCUAUUUUGUAAAGUAUAACCCACCACUUAAAUGUUCUGAGGAAUUCCCUGUGUAGCUAAUAUGAAGUGGCAGUGUUCCUCAGGCUGUAAUUAUGUGCUGUCUAAUAGAAUGGCACCUCAGGGAGGAAAAAAACCCCCAAAAUAAUUAACAGGAUCUUUGGCAGGGUGUCUUGAUACAGAGAGCAGAACACUUUCUAUAUUGGCUUUACGUAAGUGAAGUUUUGGGGAGGUGGGCAUGGGUGCAGACUAGCAGCGCUGGGACUGGUUGGAAAAUCCCUUGCUUUUGAGCUGCUUUGCAAUCUUCUAUCUAUAUUAUGCAAGCAUCUAUUGGGCUAGGUGCUGUAUAAGCACAAAUCAAGAUGCAUUGCUUAGAGUCUAAAUGCACAAAGUCAGGGAAGUGUUAGAGGAGAAAUACAAGGGAAACGAUCUUCUCAAGGUUAUGCUGUAUGUCAGUGGCAAGGUCAGGCUUAGAAAUAGAACAUCUUAUUCUCAUUCUCCAUCCACUAGGUUAUAUUGACAGGCUUGUGAAACCUCUAGAAAAAACCUCCCUAGAAGUAUUUGAAUUCUUGAGUGUAUCUCCCAACUUCGGGAGGUCAAUGAACAAACAAUUGCUUAAUGGAGUAGGAAGGAGUUGUGUUCAAAAUCCUUUUUGUUUGCAUUUUAAGAAAGUGGCAUUUGGAAUGAAUUCAUAAUGAGUAUUGUUCCAAAAAUGUGAUCAAAUACUGUGAUGAAACAAGGCUAAUUAGUCAUUCACUCUUUUUAGUAGGUCUACAUUGUAUUUGAGCUGACAGGUCAUAUAAGGAUGGGAAUUCAGCAUCCACAGUUUAAAUGACUUAUAUGAAAAUAAGAAUACAUAAGAAUUCCACCGGUCACCUACCCCACGAUUGUGGGAAAACUUGGGUCUGGUUAUUUGGUUACUUGGAAUUUUUAUUAUUGUAUUCACUAAUGAUAAUUAUCUAUUUUUGUU